ACUACUACUACUACUACUACUGCAACAACAGCGGAGGAUUACGAUCGAGAUGAAAACCAUGAACAUGAUAGUUGUUGUUCUCGCAAUGGCAGUAGUAUUGUUACAUGGAGCAGAAGCUGUACUAUACACAGUUGGAGACGACUUGGGUUGGGCUAUUCCUCCUGGUGGCGCUGCUACUUAUGCUGCAUGGGCUGCCGAGCAUAGCUUUGUAGUCAACGAUGAGCUAGAGUUCGACUUUGCAGUAGGUGAACAAGACUUGGCCUUAGUAACCAAGGAUGAUUACGACAGUUGUAACACGGCGGAUCCCUUGUUGCUAUUCCAGGAGGCAGUUACACUUCAGUUUAUCGCAAGCGACACAUUUUAUUUCACCUCCACCUUGGCCGGGCACUGCACCAAAGGCCAAAAGAUUGCCAUUUACAUCGGCGCUGCCCUGCCUCCUAGUCCCAGUCCGGUUCCCAGUCCAACUCCAUGUCCUUCUUCAUCAAGUGCUGAUGACGCCCUAACGGUAACGGCCAAAUUUGUGUCUCACAAGAUCAUGGCCAAAGGAAACUAGUUUCUGCUUGUAACGAUCCAUAUAUGGAGAGUAAAUGAAAUUGAAUAAUAAAUACACUUUGUACCAUGUGUCCAUUGUGUCAUGUGAUGUAAUCUGAAAAUGUCAAUAAGAUGAUGAUUAAACACGAAAAUUAUGUUUGAUUA